CAGUGGUGGUAGCAGCCGAGCUGCCUGUCUCUUUAAGAGAGAGAGAGGGAGGAGAGCAGAGGGGAGGGAAAGAACGAAAUCAGGAAGUCUAAGAGCUGAGAGCCAGGGCUGCUCCGAGCAGGGUGUCAGGACUGUCGGGGAAGAAAGCUGUAAUCCCAGUACCCAGGGGGCACAAGGCCAUUUCAGCUAGCUCUGCCUUUGGGUCCCAGGACCCUUGGCUACCAGGAUGUUAUGGGCACUGCCCAUGAAUGACAGCUGCAAGCCUUGAAAGUUCUGGGGGUGCCACCCCAUCCUGCAAGUUGGCAUCCCCUGAAGCCAAGAUGGACUCAGCUCCUGGACUUGCCACAGACAGAAAGCACAACACACGCUUGCCAGGGAGAGCCUGAUUCAGGGCCACUCAGAGCCAGGGUGGGAGGAGAUGCAGAGCACCACCAACUACCUGUGGCACACAGAUGACCUGCUGGGGCAGGGGGCAACUGCCAGUGUGUACAAGGCCCGCAACAAGAAAUCUGGGGAGCUGGUCGCUGUGAAGGUCUUCAAUACUGCCAGCUACCUGCGUCCCCGCGAGGUGCAGGUGAGAGAGUUCGAGGUCCUGCGGAAGCUGAACCACCAGAACAUCGUCAAGCUCUUUGCGGUGGAGGAGACGGGGGGCGGCCGGCAGAAGGUGCUGGUGAUGGAGUACUGCUCCAGCGGGAGUCUGCUGAGCGUGCUGGAGAGCCCUGAGAACACCUUCGGGCUGCCGGAGGACGAGUUCCUGGUGGUGCUGCGCUGUGUGGUGGCCGGCAUGAACCACCUGCGGGAGAACGGCAUUGUCCACCGGGACAUCAAGCCUGGCAACAUCAUGCGCCUGGUGGGGGAGGAGGGGCAGAGCAUCUACAAGCUGACGGACUUCGGGGCUGCCCGGGAGCUGGAUGACGAUGAGAAGUUCGUCUCUGUCUACGGGACGGAGGAGUACCUGCACCCUGACAUGUAUGAGCGGGCAGUGCUUCGCAAACCCCAGCAAAAGGCAUUUGGGGUGACUGUGGAUCUCUGGAGUAUCGGGGUGACCCUGUACCAUGCAGCUACUGGCAGCCUGCCCUUUGUCCCUUUUGGCGGACCACGGCGCAACAAGGAGAUCAUGUACCGCAUCACCACAGAGAAACCAGUUGGGGCCAUUGCAGGUACCCAGAAGCGUGAAAACGGGCCCCUGGAGUGGAGCUACACCCUCCCCAUCACCUGCCAGCUGUCUAUGGGGCUGCAGAGCCAGCUAGUGCCCAUCCUGGCCAACAUCCUGGAAGUGGAGCAGGCCAAGUGCUGGGGCUUCGACCAGUUCUUUGCCGAGACCAGUGACAUCCUGCAGCGAGUUGUGGUCCAUGUCUUCUCCCUGUCCCAGGCAGUCCUGCACCGGGUCUACAUCCAUGCCCACAACACGAUAGCCAUCUUUCUGGAGGCUGUGUAUGAGCAGACCAACGUGGCCCCCCAGAACCAGGAAUACCUCUUCGAGGGUCACCACUGUGUUCUUGAGCCCAACCUCUCAGCACAGCACAUCACCCACACAACUGCCAGUAGCCCUCUGACCCUGUUCAGCAUGGCCAGCGAGACCCCCAAAGGGCUGGCCUUCAGGGACCCUGCUCUGGACAUCCCCAAGUUCAUCCCCAAAGUGGACCUGCAGGUGGAUUACAACACGGCUAAGGGUAUGCUGGGCACUGGUUACCAGGCCCUGCGGCUGUCUCGGACCCUGCUAGACGGGCAGGAGCUAAUGCUUCGGGGACUGUACUGGGUUGUGGAGGUGCUCCAGACCACAUGCUGUCGGACUCUGGAGGUCACAAGGACAGCCCUCCUCUUCCUCAGCAGCAGCCUGGGCACUGAGAGCAUGGCUGAGACACCUAAGAUCCAGGAGCUGAAGGGGGCUGCAGAUCUGAGGUCCAGGUUGCGGACUCUGGCUGAGAUUCUCUCCAGAUGUUCCCAAAGUAUCACAGAGACCCAGAUAAGCCUCAGGAACCUCAACUCAGCGCUGGUGAAGAACCGGGAUCAGGUACAUGAAGACAGAAGCAUCCAGCAGAUUCAGUGUUGUGUGGACAAGAUGCACCUCAUCUACAAACAGUUUAAGAAAUCUAGGAUGAGACCAGGCCUUGGCUACAAUGAGGAGCAGAUUCACAAGCUGGAUAAGGUGAAUUUCAGUCAUUUAGCCAAAAGGCUCCUGCAGGUGUUCCAGGAGGAGUGUGUGCAGAAGUACCAAGCAGCCCUGGUCACACAUGGCAAAAGGAUGAGGGAGGUGCAUGAGACCAGGACCCACCUGCGCCGCGUCAGCUGUUCCGUGACCUCCUGCAACACAGAAGCUCAAGAAGUCCAGGAGAACCUGAGCAAGGUCCUUGACCAGCUCUCCUACCAGCUCCUUCAGAACAGAACAAAGGGGAUACAGACCUCACCACCGCCCAUAGCUCCUCACCCCAAUCCUGCUCCAAAGGACCUGGUUCUCCACAUGCAGAAGCUCCGUGAGGAGAUGAGGCUGCUGGCCUUCGACCUGCAGGACAACAACCGCAUCAUCGAACGAUUAGGUAGAAUCCCAUCAGCUCCUGAUGUCUGAGCUUUGUGGGGCGCGUGAAGCAUCCAGAAGCAUUAGAAUCAUUCACACACUGCUCUUCUGCACUGCGGGACCCAACCGAGGGUGAGAUCUGGUCCCAUCUCAUCAGCCUACCUCCUCCUGGCCACUGGUCGGGAGAUGUCGCCAGCAUUACCUUCCAUUGCCUAUCCCCUGGAAAGCUGCACAGCCCAACUGGGGCACCUGGCCAUCUCUGCCAGGAAACACAGGAAAGGGCAGCAGCCACUGCCUGGACCAUCCUUUGUGCCUUAUCCAGGCUCUGGGACUGCUCCUCUGUCACCCAGGCCUGGAGGCCUGCACCUGGCUAGACUCUGGGGAGAAGAGAUCCAUAGGCCCUCCCACCCCUCUGCACUCUCCAGGCAUCAGCAGAGUAGGCCUCUUGGGACAUCCCCAGGGUGCUGGGUCAAACAACCUCAUCUCGGUCUUCUUCCUCUUCCUCUUAAAGUUUUUCACACUGAAUACCCGCCACCUCCUGGGUCCCUGAGGGUUACCACACUUGGCCACUGACAACACAGAGAUCAGUUGUCCCUCUGCUCUUAAUCUGGCUGAGCCUGAGGUUGAGAAAAUGGUUGCUGGGGCCAAGUGCCUGUGCCUCAGGGACUCUUUGCUUGCCUUCUGGCUCUGAGGCACUACCUGGUCCUGGGAUGCAGGACUACCUGGUCCUGGGAUGCAGCUGGCUGGGUAGCCCUGCCAAUGAGCACAGGCCUGAAAGCCCAGGGCCCUGAGCAGAGAGCAGGCCUGCACCUUCAAGAAAUAGAAUAAACAUGACUGCCUUUUCUGUUUCCUGUGACUAUCACCGGGCUGAGAGACAGGGAAGGCCUCGAUUGGGCGUACUUGGCAACCAAGCAGGGCUGGGUGGGGAUCUUGAGAAGCAUUGGGAAAUGGAGGCUGCUGGUCAUUUCCUGAUUCCUGUCUUUUUCCCUAAGUGGGCCUAAUUUCAGGGACCAGCCCAAGGAAGAUGUCCUCUUACUGAGGGUGGAGGGUGUUAUUUCCCAUUCCUUCCAUUCUCCUUACCCCUGUUCUUUGACGCACUGUGUAAGGGCCUGAAACUGGGGGAGAAAGAAGGUCUUUUUCUUAAACUCCAAAUCCACCUUCUAAGUACUUGCUGCUUUUUGCCAUCCUACCACUGUUCACAAAAACCUAGGCUGAGCCUGUGGUGGCGCACGCCUGUAAUCCUGGCCGCUCAGGAGGCUGAGUAGGAUUUCGGGUUCAAAUUCAGCCUCAGCAACUUAGCAAGACUCUGUCUCUAAAUAAAAUAUAAAAAUGACUGGGGAUGUGGCUCAGUGGUUAAGCACCCCUGAGUUCAAUCCCUGGCACCACAAACAAACAAACAAACAAAACCCUGGGCUAUGUCCUAUAAAUUUGAGUACAUUUUAAACGUUUCAUUACUUUGCGUAGAGCCAGAGUGGUGCCCAAGUAAGUUAUUCUAAUCAACGCAAACUGCUUGCACAAUUCAGUCUUUUCCCUGCACGCACCUCCAACCUUCCUCAACCAGAGCUGCGCUACCCACCCAGCCUGGGCAGUGGAGCAAGGGUCGGGGAAUGCAGUGACCCCAGGAGGACAGGAAGAUGAGCAGGGAGCUCCACCAUGAGCUUCAAAGUGUGAAGAUGGCAUUGAACUUGUCCCCACAUAACCCCAGAAAUCCAUCUUGCCAUCUUCCUGGGAGCCUCCACUUCCUCAGAGGCUUCUCUGUCUCAAUUGGAGACUAUUUUGCCUAAUGACCCAUCAGGGCCAGAGUGAGGGAGGCCAAGUCCUGGAGACUGUCCUCCUUAUCCGCCCUGACUCGUCUGCUCUGCUGGAGUUCAGGCCAACAGUUCCGGCUCAUCAGUGGCCCAACAGGAAAGUCCCAUGGUGGAUUUUCCCUGGCAGCUGUGGCUACUCUGGAUCCCAUGUGUUUGGUGUAGCUCAAUGAAAGAGCCAGGGGUUCCCUGAAAGUCAAAUACAGAUGUUUGGAGAUGAUAUGACUCAGGCUCGGAUCUCUUGAGCAACACCCAUGAGAUGUGGAGGACAUUCACAAAGGCUCUGAUGCUGGGCAGAGCCGCUGAUACAGGUGUCCCCA